AUAAUUAAUAGUAUCAAUAAAUAAAUAAAUAAAAUAAAAUAAACUAAAAAAAUUGUGAAAAUAAAAACAAGUGUUCGUUGGGUGUUUUUGAAUAAAAAAACCACUGGUCACUGGUGUAAACGACUGCUAUAGAUUUCACUGAUGAUCUACUCUGGGCUGUUGGCUGUCUCUGGUCUGUUACUCUGGAAUGGUGGCGAUGCUGCUGCUCCGCUGUUACUGUGCUCUCUGUGCUCCACCAUCGCACCACUGUUCAUAUUCAUGACUAUUAAAUACCGUAUGUAAUAUCUGGUGGCUGCUGUGUGCUACUGAUCCAAUGUUGUGUGUUGAUGCUUUAUUGUGCUGGUAAUGUGAUGUGUAUUUGUCGUCAUACCAUCAUCGCUAAUAAAUCAUUAUCGUUUUUUAUGAUGAUGAUGGGUAAAAAUAAUAGUAGUAAAACUAUAAACAAUAAUAAUAAACUUAAACAACUAAUUAUUGAUAUUAAUCUUCAUAGCUAUUGUACGUAUGGACAUUAAAGACAAGUGAUAUAUUUUAUACAAGUACUGAUGCUGGAUUGUGUCGAGUAAUUAUUAAUUAUUGAGUCAAAAAACCAAAUGGUACAAAAAUAUUAAAAGAAUGUGGAGAUAAAUAAUAAUAUUAUAUUUAUUAUUAUUAUUAUUAUUUUAUUAAUAUUAUUGUCAGAUAUAUAUUAUAUACAUUUAUGGGCUAUUGUUAUACAUACUACACAAAUAUAUAUGUAUGUUAAAAUGAUUAUUGUCGAGGAUACGAAAUUUGGAUGAUCCUCGAGGAGGAUGGAGUCAAAAAUACCAGCGACAAUUGUUAGUUUUUAAAUUUUGUGAUUUUUAAUGACAAGAGUAAUUGUGUUAAAAGUGUUGUCAGAUGAUAAUAGUUAUGAUAAUAAUGAUGGUGAUGAUGAUGAUGACAGUGAUGGAAACCACGAGAAUAUUUUCUUUGUCCUGAUAAAGCGGUAAACUACAGGAUUACGUUUUAAUUGCGACACUGACAUCUAUUGAUUUGUUGAUAUUGGAAGACACGUUAAAAAAAAAUAAUAAUAAAUAUAUUUAAGAUUUUGACAGAUGACUUUUAAAUCUAAAGCUAUUUAACUAUUUAAUAGCAAUGGUGUUGCGAAAAAAAUUAUCACGAGUUUUAGUAUUAAUAAAUCAAUGGAUAAUAUAUUAUAUAUUUUAUUUAAUAUUAUUGUUAUUUUGAGUGUUUUAAAUCCAUGAUAAACGUGUGACAAUACACCCAGUGAUAUGUUUUCAACACCUACGUCAGUUGUUAGUGAGUCGUCGGGCUAUGACUUUGAGAAAGAAGAAAAUGCUGCCAAGUGGAAAGGAGUUUUCGUCAACUCUCUUAGAAAGGUUCUGGAGCAAGUACAUCCUAGCUUGGAGGCUAGACAAGAUGCAUUGGAUUACGUAGAGAGUUUAAUUCUGAGGAUGCUGGGAAUGCUGUGCGGUCAUCCACCUCCUCAUACACCUCAGGAUAUUGAAGAGAGAGUUAGAAAAACUUUUCCCACUCCAAUUGACAGAUGGGCACUUCGUGAUGCACGAGAUGCAUUGGAAAAAGGGAAAAAAAAGUCACCUUUAGUCUUGCCUGUUGAUAAAAUUCAUCAAUUGUUACAAAAGGAAGUAUUGCAGCAUAAAAUUGAUUCUCAAGUCAGUCUAUUUGUUGUUGGAGUACUUGAAUAUAUUUCGGCAGAUAUAUUAAAGUUGGCUGGAAAUUAUGUUAAAAAUAUACAUCACGUUGAAAUAUCAUGCGAAGACAUUCGAGUGGCGAUGUACGCAGAUAUGGUGCUGAUGGAUAUGUUUUAUCAAGAUGACUGUACAGAAGGCCCACAAAGCAGUCUAGGGGCUGUGGUUUCUCAAACUUAUGAGGAAUCUGUUCGAGAUCUCAUUCACGAUGAACGACAUUAUUUACGAGAUUUACAUAUGAUAAUUAAGGUGUUUCGAGAAGAAAUCACAAAACUAGCACCAGAUAAAGGUGAACUAGAGAAACUCUUCAGUAAUAUUAUGGACAUUUACGAGGUAACAGUGACAUUAUUAGGAAGUCUCGAGGAUAUAAUGGAAAUUACAGAAGAAAAACAAACGCCUACUGUAGGAUCAUGUUUUGAAGAGCUUGCCGAAGCUGAAGAGUUUGACGUGUACAUAAAAUAUGCAGAAGCUAUGAAUAGUCCGGAUAGUCGUGAAGUUUUAACGAGGCUGCUGUCAAGGCCUGAGGCAAACGCAGCAUUGAGAGCUGCGGGUCAUGGUUUUAAAGAAGCUGUUAAAUAUUAUUUACCCAAAUUAUUAAUGCAACCAGUAUGGCAUUGUUUUUUAUAUUUUGAUUAUAUUAAGGUAUUACACAAACGCACACCAAGUACAGAAGACAGUGAAACUUUGGAGCAAGUUCAAGGUCUCUUGAGGCCACUUCAAAUGAAACUUUUGCAAUCUGUAGCGAGUCUUCCAAAAAAAGACACCGGUUUACGUAUGCAGAGUCGAGCAAGACGACACGCGGCAUUAGAAAAAACGAGUGAGCUCCAAAAAACUGUUGAUGGUUGGGAUCAACGAGACAUUGGUCAGUGUUGUAAUGAAUUUAUUCGUGAAGAUAUGUUACGUAAAGUUGCUAGUAAUGGACGUAGAUUGACUGAAAGGAGGGCAUUGUUAUUUGAUGGUUUGUUAGUUUUGUGUAAACCCAGUGGUGGUAAACGUGUUAGUGUUACUGUUGCGGCUGUUGGUGUUGGUGGUGGCCAUCCUAAUCAUCAGGGUGAGCUUCGUUUGAAAGAAAGGUUUUUUAUUAGAAAAGUUGAUAUUAUUGAUCGAGAAGAUACAGAGGAAUUCAAAAAUGCAUUCGAAAUCGCUCCGAGAGAUCAUCCGAAUGUUAUUCUUGUUGCUAAAUCUGUGGAGGAUAAGAACAGUUGGAUGGCUGAUCUUGUUAUGCUGAAUACUAAAAGUAUGCUUGAGAGAACGUUAGAUAGUAUUUUGUUAGACGAAGAGAGAAAGCAUCCAUUGAAGUUACCACCACCUCAUUUGUACACAUUUGCGGAACAAGACUGUCCAGAUAAUAUAGUAUUGGAGGCUAGAGAAAACGGCGGUGUACCAUUAAUAAAAGGUGCUACGCUUAAUAAACUCGUUGAACGGUUAACCUAUCACAUUUACGCCGAUCCGGCGUUCGUACGAACAUUCCUUACUACAUAUAGGAGUUUCUGUCAACCUCAUGAAUUACUUGAUCUAUUGAUCAAACGUUUUAAAAUACCAGACCCUUCGUCAGUUUACGGCGAAGAAGAAAAACCGAGUGGUUGUAAAGCGACUGCGAGGGAAGAUUGGAAAAGAUAUAGAAAAGAAUUUUGUCAGCCGGUUCAAUUUCGAGUGCUUAAUGUUUUAAGGCAUUGGGUUGAUCAUCAUUUUUAUGAUUUUGAACGUGAUAAAGAGUUAUUAGAAAAAUUACAAGAUUUUUUAGAACAAGUGAGUGGUAAAUCUAUGAGAAAAUGGGUUGACUCAGUUAUUAAAAUUGUCCAAAGGAAGUGUGAGCCUUUUGAGCACAGGCCCAUCACUUUUAGUUUUGAAAAAUCACCGCCAGCAAUUGAGUGGCAUUUAAAAGUUCCUGAAGAAGAGUGGGGAAUCCUUACGUUACAUCCGAUUGAAUUAGCAAGACAGUUAACGCUUUUAGAAUUUGAAUUGUACAGAACAGUAAAACCGUCUGAAUUAGUUGGAUCAGUAUGGACGAAAAAUGAUAAGGAAAAAACAUCACCAAAUUUGCUGAAGAUGAUUAAACACACGACAAAUUUUACAAGAUGGCUGGAAAAGACGAUAGUAGAAGCAGAAAAUCUUGAAGAGAGGGCAGCUAUCGUAUCACGGGCAAUUGAAAUAAUGAUCGUACUACAAGAUCUUAAUAAUUUUAAUGGUGUAUUGGCAAUUGUUAGUGCUAUGGGAUCUGCUUCUGUAUUUAGAUUACAAUUUACGUUUCAGCAAGUACCAGCACGAUUGUUAAAAUCAUUAGAGGAAGCUAGAGAUUUAAACAACGAUCAUUUCCGAAAAUAUCAAGAGAAAUUACGUUCUAUUAAUCCACCUUGUGUACCAUUUUUCGGUAUGUACCUGACAAAUAUUCUUCAUAUUGAGGAGGGAAAUCCUGAUUAUCUUCCCGGCAGUCCUCAGCUUAUAAAUUUUAGUAAACGACGAAAAGUUGCUGAAAUAACUGGUGAAAUUCAGCAAUACCAAAACCAACCUUAUUGUUUGUCUGUUGAACCAAGAAUAAGGCAUUUUAUUGAAAAUUUAUCACCAUUCGAUUCAAAUAUGACGGAUGCGGAUAUAAGUAAUUAUUUGUACAAUAAAAGUUUAGAAUUAGAGCCACGAGGAUGUCGACAACCGCUAAGGGUUCAUAGAAAAUGGCCGGAUUUGAAUCUUAAAUCACCAGGAAUAAAAGCGCGAAGUAUGAGCGGUAAAUCACUGGCUCCACUUCAAGCGAUGGCUUCGAGUGUUAAAUUACAUGAUCCAACGCCAGAACCACCACCAGAAUUACCAGAAACUCCACCACAUACAUCACAAAAUAUGAUUCACAGUAGUGAUCACAGUGUUUUUGCGCCUGUAUUACUCGGUAGUACAGGUCCACCCCCUGGAUCUCCAGGACCAUUAAGUAUGUCUGGUCUAUCAUUGGGCUCACCUGGCAAUAGUCCCCAAUUAGGAUCACCAGGACAUCUUCCAUCCCAUCAUCAGCCCCAGACAACGCAUUUUGGUUUUAAUUCUGGAACAAUAAAUGUUAUGGGUGCUCUUGCUGGUCUUCCAUCGUCUAGUAGUAGUCCUGGUGCUGCUUUACCUACACCACCAUCACCCAGUCAUAUGCCUUUGAGUCAACCACCGCCGCCAUUACCACCCCGGUGUCAUAGAAGACGUGAAAGCUCCAUCAGCGAGUCUCCACAACAGGCACGUCAAGCUCCUAAUGCGCCAAUUUUACCACCUCGUGAAGGGACAUCACCACCACCACCACUCCCACCGAGAAAAGAUUUACUACCAGCAAGUCUUCCACCUCGACUGCCAUGCACACUAAAUCCCUGCACUUCGGCGCUUCUUGCGAGACGUAAUUCAACCCUCGAGGGAACAACUUCAAAUGCAACACAUCCAAGGCGUUACAUGUCUUUCAAUGGUCCAAGUCCCACAACACUUCCUCCUACUCAGCCAAACGGUUCGGUAACACCUAGAUUACCACCAAGACCUUUGCCAGGACGCCCACCAACAACAAUGUUCAACUUUAAUGCCCCUCCAGGACCUAGUUAAAUUACUCACUGAAUAAACAGUUCGGCAUCACAGGUUUUACCCCACUUCCGUGUCCGGCGGUUAUCUAAAAAGAUCCAAAGCUGGACUUGUUAUUCUCCAACCCUAAAAUAUUACAGUUUGGUAUGUAUAUUAAUCGAUCGCAUCACAAUAAUUUGUUGCGAAUGACACACGUGUAGCGACUUACCCGUAAAAUAUAUUUUUUUCAUUGGGUUGGAAAGUCUCGAUGGUGAUACUCCAAUUGAUAGAUAGUCCAUGAAACAAACAAAUUAAAAAAAAAAAAAUAUUAUUAACAAAUUAAAUAAAUAAAAUUAAUUAAUGAAA